AUGAGUGGCUGUUCUUCUUUCUCAACUGCUUCCUCAUCGUCAUGUUCAUCCCAUUCACCCACCCCUUCCACCGCCAACGAAUGUGAUUCAUUCGAUAUGAAGAUGGCCAGCAUCGAUACAUUGAUUGACGACUACGAGGGAGAGGAAGCUUUCAAGCGGCUUACAGAGAUACAACCAACUGUGGAUGACAAUCGUUGGGUGGCCUUCUCGUAUCGUUUCGCUCAAGCCUGCUAUAUUCGCUUUAAUCAAUGGUCCGAAGAGAAGAAACAGGCUGAACGAUUGGAGUUGAUUCGUCGUGGUUUGGAAGCAGUGGAGAGGGCCUACCAAUUGGAUAAAGAUCAUUUCGAUGUGCUCACGCAAUGCGCUGUACUUACUGGAACUCUCGCUGAGAAUAGCGGUGUCAAGGACAAAGUGAAGCUCGGAUUUCAAUGCAAGGUAUAUCUGGAUGCGGCUUUGGUCAAGAACCCGAACCAUUUUGCGCUUUUACACAUGAGAGGUCGUUUCUUGUUGCAACUGGCCGAGCUCAGCUGGGUUGAAAAGAAGGCGGCAAGGGUGUUAUUCGGUAAACUGCCCGAGGCAAGCUACGAUCUGGCGCUUGAGGAUUUACUGAAGGCUGAUUCGAAUCUUCCAUCAGCUAUUGACAAUCUACUCUACAUCGGAAAAUCUUACAAAGGAAAGGGAGACAAGAAAAAGGCGCGGGAAUAUCUAAACAAGGUGAUCGCUUUAAAUGCUGAAGAUGCUGUGGAUGCCGAACAAAUCGCCGAAGCAAAGCUCCUUCUCACCAAACUU